GAAGGGUGGUGUUAGAGUUCACAUCGGGUGGCGCCGCACACAGUUUAUGAAAAAGUCCUGCAGAGUCGGAGCAGGUCGGACUUAAUUCUCCCGGAUUUUGGUUUAAAUUAACGCCUGUAGACUGUUCAACGGGCGGGUGAUCAGUCGUGCUGUUCAAGACACAUGAUGGCUGCACUUGGUUGUCUGAGGAGGUUCCACUCCCAAGGCAUUGCCAUCGCUCACGUCCACACGAGCAGCCGUGCCCCUGCCAAACAGCACUAUAAAAUGCUUGUUGUCGGAGGAGGAACUGGGGGCAUUUCAAUGAGUGCAAGAAUGAAGAGGAUGAUGGGAGCUGAGAAUGUGGCUGUUGUGGAGCCCAAUGAGAUGCACUACUAUCAACCAAUUUGGACUUUGGUUGGUGCUGGUGCGAAAACUUUAACCUCAUCAGGUCGAUCCACUGCGAGUGUUAUGCCCUCUGGAGUGAAGUGGGUGAAAUCUAAAGUUCAGGAAAUAAACCCAGACACAAAUACUGUCCGCACAGACGAUGGGACUGAAAUCUCCUACGAGUAUUUGAUUGUGGCUCUUGGUUUACAAAUCCAUUUUGAGAAGAUCAAAGGACUACCAGAAGGAUUUGAACAUCCAAAGAUCGGGUCAAACUACUCGGUCCAAACUGUGGAGAAAACGUGGAAAGCACUGCAGGACUUCAAAGAGGGAAACGCUGUGUUCACUUUCCCAAACACUCCUGUGAAAUGUGCUGGAGCUCCACAGAAGAUCAUGUACCUAUCGGAUGCCUAUCUCAGAAAAACAGGAAAAAGGGCAAAGGCAAAUAUAAUAUACAACACAUCGCUACCUGUGCUCUUUGGGAUCAAGAAAUAUGCUGAGUCAUUGUGGGACAUUGUGAAACGACGAGACCUACAAGUGAACCUGAGGCAAAACCUGAUUGAAGUGCGGGCAGAUAAGCAAGAAGCUGUGUUUGAAAAUCUUGAUAAACCAGGCGAAACCAAAGUGUUUGAGUAUGAAAUGCUUCAUGUCACACCACCAAUGGGACCCAGUCUGGUGAUUAAAGGCAGUCCACUGGCAGAUGAGGCCGGCUGGUUGGAUGUCAACAAAGACAACCUCCAACAUAAGAAAUAUCCAAAUGUGUUUGGGAUUGGAGACUGUACAAACCUGCCCACAGCCAAAACGGGUGCUGCUGUUGCUGCACAGACUGCUAUCUUGAACAGAACCAUCAGCAAAGUAAUGAAAAAUGAGAAGCCAGAUAAGAUAUAUGACGGCUACACCUCGUGUCCCUUGGUUACAAGCUACAACACAGUGAUUCUGGCGGAGUUUGACUACAAUGGACAACCACUGGAAACAUUUCCCAUCAACCAAGCGAAAGAGAGAAGACUCAUGUACCACAUGAAAGCUGAUGUGAUGCCUCACCUCUAUUGGCAUGGGCUUCUGCGGGGCCUGUGGGGAGGACCAGGACCAUACAGGAAAAUCUUCCAUCUUGGAAUGAAAUGAAACCUCCCCAUCAGUGAUCAUCCCUAAACUCUUAGGGAAAUAAGUACAGCAUUAAAUCCAUCAUUCUCUAAAAGGGUGGACACAUAUAGCAGCUAGUGUGGUGGUUAUAUUUGUGGCUUGGACAUCAUGACUAAUCACAACAAGUUUGGUGACGUCAUCGUGAAUUUUUAAAUAUCUAGGUUUAGUUAAACCUGCAGUAAGAGAUGCAUUGUUAUUACUAUGAAAUAAAGCUGUGCGCUGUAAUGAGACGGUGAAAAAAAAACUUUUACACUCAUCUCUGCAGUUAUUUUUGGCUGCUAAGGUCAAUCAUUUUGUUAAUUUGGUGGUACAUUCAAUUUAAGUUCUUGCUGCUGUGAUCAAUAAGCUGUGAGAUUUCUCAAGGAGCCUAGAACAAAUGUUUUUAUGACAUUUUUUAAUUUUUCAACCCCCGGAGCCAGUAGGUUUUACCUUAAGUCCCACAGCCUAACUGAAGACAGCUAGUCUGUUCCUAAGUUUUCUUUCACUUUUGUGCUGCAGAGAAUCUACUGUAGUUCAUGUUGCACUAGAACAUCUAAUAAGCUGAGCAAAGUUGGCCUUUUUUAAAAUGGUCACGUAGUAUAAAUGAACAACUAAAAAUGUUGUGUUUUGGUACAAUUACAUUAUAAUUUGUUUUUGAAGGAUAUUGGAGGGAUUCACAACUAUACUGCUGUAAAAACAUUGUGCUGACAUAGUCAUUGAUUACAGUAUAGAACUAUACUUUUUUUCAGAUGGUUACACCAAAAUUGUGUAUAUUGGUUGAAGUCUAUUAUUUGUGUGGUUUUUUGUCUUUUUAGGAUUUCGAUAGUCUUCAGGUUUGUCUCUAGCUUAAAUGCGAAAUGUAUUUCUUUGUUAAUCAUUUGUGCUACCAAACAUUUUAUACCAGUGAUUGUCUUGUGGUAAUGCUUGACCAUAACCAUGCAAAUUACAGAGGUAUUUUCUUACACUUAAACAUCCAUGCUAGAAAUAGAGUUUUAUGCAUGGGGAUUACUUUUCUAUGAGUGCCUAACUGAGUAGUAAACAUCUUGGUGUUCAAACAGUCGGUGCGAAAGUCAUUGUUGUAUUCAUUGCUCUUUAAUCAUAAAAUGACUGUGUAAAAUUAACCAACUGAAAAUGCUGAUAAAAUAUAAUCAAUAUAGUUUCAACCUUGUUGCACUUUGUUAUUUUACAUCCAACAGUUUUACUUAAAUAUUGAAUGUUAUAUUUCACUUAGUUUUGCUGUGAUUUCUGUAUAUCGUUUGUUUUUCUCAGGGCUGAAGACACAACCCUUCUGCGAAACUGUCAAGUCCACAUUGUCUGCAUGCAAAAUUGUAAUGUGUACACUACUAAAUUAGCUUUAAAUACAGAAAAUGUUUACUUUGUCAUGGCGCUGUAGCGAUAUCGGUUAUCGGGAGGGGAAUUACAUCUUUUUGCUCAUUAACUGCAAGAUUUCGUGUACUUUACAUUACUGAAAAUUCCUAUGGUUUGGGAUUUAAAAACUCUUUCCUUCCAGGCAUCAAAUGUCAUCCAUAGAUUUUUGGUUCUCAGGAUUUCGUACCCUGUACAGAGAUUAGUCCGUUGAUUUACAGUUAUCUCUUGGCAGGAGUUCAUGUCACUGAGGUAUGAAAGUUGUGCCUUAGGGCCUGAAACUUGCUUUGGAAUUUGUUUGAAUUAAGUUCUCCUGCUAAUGCAGCUGAAUGCACAGUGUGUUUUCAAAGUGUCUUCAUCGCCGGUUCAAGGUUUGGACAGCCAGGGCUUUUUCCAAGUCCAUCUACUGUAAUAAGACAUGAAAUUCAGAUCACCUGUCCUACCAUCUGUAUUUGCUUGCUUGUAUUCCCUGUUUCAUAUUUUUUUUCAACCAUAGUUCAUCAAUGUGAAGGUAUCUCUCCUACAAUGGCUCUUUGAUCUGCAUCUGACUGAUCAGAGUAAAGCUACCAUUAAGUUAAAUUGUGAUCCAGUCUCAUUCUCAAACACUGUAGAGUUGAAGUAAUGUUUGAAUCGAGUUUUCUUGCUAAUGCAGCGGAAUGCACAGUGUGUUUUCAAAGUCUCUUCAUCGCCGGUUCAAAGUUUUCCAAGUCCAUCUACAGUUAUAAGACAUGCAAUUCAGAUCACCUGUCCUACCAUCUGUAUUUGCUUGCUUGUAUUCCCUGUUUAA